AUGUCCUCCCCCCCCUCCAAGCCCCGAAAGUGGGCCACAGUCCGCAAGAAGUUCAACCUCAUCGUCCCGCACCGCAGCACCUCCCCCACCCGCGCCUCCUCCCCCGCCAGCACCCUCUCCGCCGAGUCCCAAGCCGCCAGCUUCUGCCGUCCCUACACCGCAAACCCCUCCUCCACCUCCUCAAACUCCAUCUCAACAACCACAAUCGACGCCCCCCCGCGCUCCCCCAGACCCGUCAGCAGCCCCAUGGCCUUCCCCGUCACGCUCCCCCCCGAGCCAGCCCCAGCCCCUUCACCCUCCCCUUCGCCCGCACCCCGUGCACCACCCGCACCACCCGCACGCCCCGCCAUCACCACCGCCGCCCCAGCCCCCGCUCCCGCCCCGCAGCACCAGAAAGACAAGACCGCGGCGAAGCUCGCCCUCCUGAACGGCGAAGCCCCCGACAUCGACCCGGCGGACGAAGCGCAGCUGGCGCCCACGACCGCGGCAGAGGCCGAGUGGGACCGCCUCACCAAGGCCAACAGCGAGCUCAACAACAACCUCGACCUCUACGGGAGCGCCGCCGACAAGAGCAAGGGCAUGCGCAAGCGCGCCAAGAGCCGUGUGCGGCGCAAGAAGGGCGUCAAGUUCGCGGACGGCGAGGACGUGAUUGGCCUCGGCGGAUUCGAGGUGUGGACCACCGACGAGGAGGGCGGCGGGGAGGGGGAGAAGGAGAAGGAGAAGGCGGAGGCGAGGAGGGAGAGGGAGAGGAGGGAGAUGGAGAUGGAGAGGGUGAGGGAGAGGGAGAAGGAGGUGGGGGGGUUGGAGAAGGUGCAGAGGGUUAGGGUGGAGGUUACGGCGCCUCGUCCACCGCCCCCGCCACCGCCGCCGCAGAGGCCGCAGAGUCUGCCGCCGAGUGCGAGGGGGUCGCAGAAGGCGCCACCACCGCCGCCACCACCACCGCCGGCGCUGGGGAGGCCGGUGCCGAAGCGGCCGCCGCCGCCGGUGGUGGGCAUUAGUGAGAAGAGGGAGAUUAGCAGGAAGAUGCUGCCGCCGAGCGUUAGGCUUGUGCAGGAUGAUGGGAGCUUCUAG